GAUGACUCACAAACAAGGUUACGGAAACCAGCUUGUUCGGUUAGAGAAAUAGCGUCAGUACAACGGUCAGAUCUGAAUUUUCCAGUUACUGUUCAGACAAUCUAGAAUUCAGCAGCACGUUGCUGUAUACGCUUUUGACAAUGGAUUCACCCGCAUCCCAUAACCAAAGGCAAAACGGCACCACCCAGUCGCACGCGCUUCUGCUAUUCGGGUUUCUCCCAUUAAACUGGGCGCUUUUUGCGGUCGUCGUGAUCGGUUUCGCGACAUACUACUACUAUAGGCGGCCGAAAGGUAUUCCACCCGGACCUAAUGGGGUUCCAGUUCUUGGCUACACCCCUUUCCUUGGCCAGAAACCGGCAGAAAAGGUCCUGGAACUUAGCAAACAAUACGGGAACGUCUUUAGCAUCUACCUGGGAAGCCAGUUGACGGUGAUUUUAAACGAUUAUGACGCAAUCAAAACAGCUUAUAACGAUUACUCUGAUAUCUUCGUUGACCGCAAACCGGGAUUUGCACACCGAGCCCUCAAUGGUGCCUCCAAUGGGCCGAUCAACGGCGGGCCUGACCUUCGUGUGCGAGGCUUGACGAUGACCAAUGGCGAUCAGUGGCGCACCAUGCGCCGUUUUGCUUUGACUACCUUGCGCAAUUUGGGAAUGGGGAAAUCGCGUCUGCAGGAGCGAAUCCUCGAAGAAAUUGACUUUUUCUGCGAAACACUACGCAGCAAGAAGAUGAAACCAGUAGAACCGGACAACCUGAUGAUUGCUUGCAUAGCUAACAUCAUGUUCGCGGUGUGCUUCGAUAAGCGCUUCGAUCACAGCAAUCCGCAGUUCAAGAGCAUCGUGGACUUCCUGAUCAUCGCGCUGCCGACACUCAGUAACAUUGGUGCGCUGCAGCUGUUCCCGUGGCUUAGACUCAUCCCGGGAAAAUUCCAAAAAUUCUGGGCGACAUUUCGCCGUGAGGUGACACAGCUGCGCAGUAUAUUUGCGGAGGAAUUGGCCAUUCAUGAAAAGAAAUACAAGGAGGAACAUGGCGAUGUCCGAGAUUAUGUGGAUGCAUUCUACGAUCAGCAGCAAAAAGAAGGGGAGCAGGGCAGCACUCCAAAUUAUUUUGAUGAUGAUGAAUUACUAGUGGAAAUAAGUAAUUUUUUCGGCGCCGGUGCGGAAACAACCGCCACAACGAUUACAUGGGCGUACUACUUUAUUGUGCGUCAUCCGGACGUGCAAAAGAAAAUGCAGGAAGAAAUCGACAUGAAAGUUGGACGGGGACGUCAUGUCACCACGGAAGAUAAGGCGAAGCUGACCUACGUCGAGGCGGUAUGUUCGGAAGUGGCUCGCAUGGGCAGCGUGGUGCCUCUGGGCAUUGGACGCAGUACCACGGAAGAUGUGCAGAUGAACGGCUACACCAUUCCCAAGGGGACCUACAUCAUGCCCAACCUGUGGUUUAUUCAUCAUGACCCCAAACACUGGGGCCCAGAUGCCAAUGAGUUCAAACCGGAGCGAUUUCUGGACAGCGAAGGUCGUGUCCUUAAUCCUCCAUCGUUCAUGCCGUUUUCCAUUGGAAAACGCCAUUGCCCAGGAGAAUCGUUAGCCAGGAUGGAGGUCUUUCUGUUUGUGACCAAUGUCUUGCAAAACUUUAAUCUUCGUCUGGAAGAAGGCUACACAUUGAAACCACCGGAAGACUACAUCAACGGGCUCACAACACGGCCGCCAAGAUUUGACGUCAUUUUCGAACCACGGGACUGAUCCCGCAAUUAUCUCUUGUUGGUCAAAGGUUUCUGAAUGUCAUAACCUACAUAAGAGUACUUAAAAUACAUAAGACACGUGAGACUAUAAUUGCUGCAUUUUCUUAUACGGUGGUCCCUUAAAACUUAAAUCUCCCCGUAAAUAUGCCGAUUAUGUAUAUGCGUAUUCCCUUCUCAUCUGCUUGUCGAAAAGUACCCGGAGUAUAUAGAAAUGAAUUGCGAUGACAGUCUCCGUCAGUCGGUCGCAAGCUGCAAAUUACAACAAUAUUCAGUACUCACUUCUAGUAAAUUAUGUCUUUCUUGACAGACUAA